GAUUGUAUGGGUCAAUACAAAAGCAUGACUCGUCUGUGAUCCCUCCGCUUACCGCUUCUCCAGCUAAAUGAUAUGCCCCUCGUCAGUUCAGCCUAGCGACGGCGCAUGUGUCUCCAGGUGACUGCGCAUGCCAGGAAGAGUGUCCGGAGAACAAGUAAGUUCCAGCAAGGCGUCAGUCAUGUCACAGUAACCAUCCUCGGGCAACGAAAAACACUUGCUUAGUGCCCAUCGCUUUGCAUUCAACUAUCAUUACCACUCUGAAAAGACAGAUGCUGUUCACUAUCUGGCUUCCACUAUCUGGCUUCCACUAUCUGGCUUCCACUAUCUGGCUUUCGGGUGGAUAUAUAUAAGUGCUAAGGAGACCAUUCCUGCUCAUGAAGUUCAAUCAGCAAUCGCAUGAUAUCGAUACGGAUGUACGUACUCUUCAUACUUCGAUAGGCUUUCUGGGCCAACACGUAACGCUUCAUACCGAGGACCAUCUCCGCAGAAACAUGUCCAAUUUUCUUAUUGUGCCCUUUCUGGCAGAUCAUUAACCCUGAUGAGAUCACAGUCAAUAGGCAUUCCAAAUGCGGAGCGUCGGAAAGUCUCUGAGCUAUCUCUAUUGUUCACUUUCUUCGGACAUGAACUUUUGACUAUACCUUCUCUCCACAGACCUGAGUCACAUUAUCGCUUGGCAAGAUAUUUGCCGUCCGUACAAACGGCCCAUGAGAUUUCACGGAUCCAGAGAGUUUGUGCUUCAAGCACGCGCAUGAGUGAUUGAAAACUGCGGAUAUAAUAAAAGGAAUAUGUCCAAACACGAUACUUCGAGUACCCACUCGUUCUCUUCCUCCUAUCAGCCAUGCCUGGAGCACCGUCUCACUUCGCGCAGGAGCUUAUCGACGAGGUAAUCGACAAUCUACACGAUGAUCCAGUGACACUACGUUCAUUUGCCCUCGCAUCUCGUUCCUGCGGUAUCCGAGCUCGCAAACACCUCCAUAGACACCUAAGGAUCGGUUCGACAGGUUGUGGUCCCAGAAUGCUCAUGUCUCCCUCUAAGGUCGUGCGUUACCAGAAGAUUCGACACCUACUCGAUUUCCCGCCGCUGAUGAACUAUGUUCGAGCCCUUACUGCUUCCGAAAGCCUCGAGUCGCUUGAUCGUAAUCCUUUGUCCUUCACUCGGCUCCAUAGUCUUCGAUUGUUCAACCUCAAUUGGAACGCUCAGAAUGCGGGAGCUCGUUUAUACGUGCUAUCGCAACUGCACCGCGUCAAAUCUUUGGACCUGAACAAUGUCGACUUCGAAUGCAUCUGCAAUCUCGUGUCGCUUCUCGAUGCGUUUCCGUCGCUUUCAGAGUUGAACAUCGAGAGUUGCCGAUUUAAGAACGAGGACAUGUCAGGUGAUAUCCAGCGACAAAUUAACCUACGCCGCUUGACAAUGCCUGGCGAUUGCGCCAGCGAUCUCUUGAUUCGAUGGUUGCGAACUCAGACUGUCGUUCCUGUUAUUGAGGAGUUGGUGGUACCAGGAGGAACGGGGCUAGCAUCUGAUCAGCCUGUAAACGAGUUAGUCUCUAUCGCUGGUUCCUCUCUUCGCCAUCUACGCUUUGGUUUUGGAUGGAUCUGGCCGCAUGGUCACCCAAAACCCCGUUUCGAUCUUUCUUCAAACGAUCAACUCCAGACGUUGGAGGUUACAAACAUCCUGUUGCGCUCCAACAUAGUGCGUUUCAAGGAUUAUGCAUGGCUACCAGAUAUGCUGCAACGUAAUCCUUCUCGCCGACUGAAACGGACUACUCUGCAUCUUCACUACGAAACGCUUUCGCAACUAGACGACGAAGGUCUCAAGAAGAUAGACGAAGCUCUGGGAGGGACAGCGGAGAACGUUAACCGAUGGCGUUCUGACUGGCGAGCCGGAUUGGAGGAGCUGGAAUUUGUUCUUUGGCCCGACCGGAUGCUCGAUGAGAAGCGAGCUCUGAGUGAGGUCGUUGACUGGAUCGAGGGAGGAAUGCCGAGGGCGGCGGCCAACGGAGUCCUCAAAUGUUACUACGGCUGCACUUACAGUGCGAUGUGGACUCCUGUUGAAAGGUUCUCUGCCGAAUGAACGACUUAGUCCCCGUGACGUCCUCUGGAGAUGGGAAUGACCGACCUAUUUCGGCGCGCUCCACCGAUGUCGCGGCAAGAAGCUGGGAUUCAUCAUUUAUUUCGUUGUCAUUGACUUUCCUGGAAAGGUUUAGCGUAGAAGGGCCGCGGGAUGAAAAAGGGCUGGCGUAGGAAGACCAAUAGGAUGCAGAAGGAAGCCCAGUUGACGGUCUUCAUGAAUGCGUUUGCAGGACGUUUGGCUUUUGAUGGCUUGACGUUCUUCCAUGCCGCCGGUGCCUUCACCUGCAGCGGGAAUAGUGGGUUCAGAACAGCGGUGGCGAGGUGAUAUGGGGAUGAACAUUGAACUUUACGGUUUGAGAUCACACUUCGUUCCCUUCGUUCAGACUUCGGGAUCAAUUGAUUCCAUGCUUUUAUUUCCAUCUUCCGUACAUAGCCGUACAUGCAUGUAGCCUUCGUUCAUUCUUUGUUGAAUACUUCUCGCUAAUAGGCGUAAAUGCGCAGUAUGAAUUCACAGAUGACUUCCACGCCUCCCCGCCUUUCGAGUUGCUUGUUCAUUGCGGUUAUCCGGGGGGUGCUGUUUGCCUGAAGC